ACUUCUUGGGACUUUCUGGCUCAUUGCCAUCGCAGUAUAAACCUCGGUCGCCCUCUCUACUGCUUCCGUAGUCCUUCAUUGUACCUGCGAGGCCUUUGAGUCUGCCACCCUUCCCAUAUCUUUUACUCAGUUUGUUCUUCCUCUCCUCAUCGAGAUCAUGGCCGCUAAAAGGCCUCGGGGUGACUCUGACGAAAACUCGGAUCGGCUCGGUGAUAAAAGGAUCAAGCGCAGACCUUCAUUUGCGACGGUGAUAAAGGAAGCUAUGAUGGUGAGCAAACAUCAGAGCAUGCUUUCGUCCUUGGAGCCAUUGUUUCGCAAAGUGGUGCAAGAGGAAGUGGAAAGAAUACUGCUUCACGGUACCUAUUUACGCCCUCAAAGGUCGCUCCAACUGCAAGUUGAACCAGCAGAGCCAUCAAGCUUCAAACUCAUCUUCCAAAAGCCGCUAUCACAGCCCAUCUUCACUGGGACCAAAAUCGACGGCUUUGACAACACUCCACUCCAAAUCCUCCUUGUAGCCACUAAUACUUUGGAAGCUCCUCCAUCCUUGAUCCAUUUACACCCUCUCAGAGUUGAACUAGUAGCACUGCAGGGAGAUUUCCCUGCCGGGGAUCAGGAGGAUUGGACCAGCGACGAGUUCAAUAUCCAGAUUGUGAAAGAAAGAACCGGGAAGAGGCCACUGCUCAUCGGAGAUGUCACCGUGAUGCUUAGAGAUGGAGCUGCGUUCGUAUCCGAGCUAUAUUUCACCGAUAACUCGAGCUGGGGAAAGAGUGGGAUGUUCAAGAUAGGUGCCAGGGUUGUGCCAGGAAGCUACCGCGGACCAAGGAUUAGAGAAGCCAUGACCGAGCCUUUCAAGGUCAAAGAUCACAGAGGCGAAUCAUACAAAAAGCAUUAUCCACCAGCCCUAGAAGAUGAGGUAUGGCGGCUGGAGAAGAUCGCCAAGGACGGUAAAUUCCACAAGAAGCUGGCAGAUGCCAAAAUUAACACCGUCCAAGACUUCUUGAAGCUGUGGUUUGUCAACCCACAGAGCCUUCGACAGAUACUGGGACAAGGAAUGUCGGAUCGGAAGUGGGAGGCGACCAUCAAUCACGCGAAGACCUGCGUCGUCGGCGACAAACUCUACAUCCACCACGGCCGGCGAUAUGCUAUCGUCCUGAACUCAGUUUGCCAGGUUGUGAACAUCAUUGCCGGCGCUUAUAGAUACACCCUACAGGAUCUGGUUAACAGAGCUGACAGAGACCAUGUUCAUCAACUAGCUCGAGAAGCAUACGAAAAUUGGGGUCAUUUGGAAGAGUUCCACGGAUUGCUGCCUAAUACUAAUCUUCCUCUACAUCAAAUUACAGAUGUGCAGAUGCCACGAGGUACUGUAGAACCUGAUCUGUACACGGAUCAAGACGAGGUUGGAACAUUCGUGUGUGACUUUGGCGACGACGGCGUUGGUCCUUUCAACUUUUCUGAUGUGCAGUCAACAACAUACUAAGAGUCAUCGUAACAUUCCAGGAAUUGAAGUAAGCUCUAUGAGUGCAUAUGGCAGUGACAUGAACUAUGUAUCAGUCGGUGCCUUAUUUGCAUGCAAUGUAGGCGUAUCCAAAUUAUUUUAUUCUUUUACGUUUUUUUUUUUUUGUGGCUUUGCAUCAUUUUGUUCCAAUAACGAAGAUAGAUGUCUAAUCCAGUUGGUAACUUCGUUC